CAUUAUAGCUUUGAUUUAGUAGGCAACGUUGCAAACGGCCGAAUCAACGAGCGAACAAACGAAACGAGCUAGCAACGUGUGUCAUUGCCCUGAUGUCUGUGGCAAUAUGGAGAGGGAUGCUCGGAACUCGACAUCUACGCGCUAUUUAGUUUACUGCAGUUACUGUGUCGCUGCUCUCGAUCUGAUAUCUGCGGUGCUCUUUGCCGUUAUCUCGGCAGUUGUCUAUGCGAGGCAUGACCAUUGGACAUCACUGGUGGCCCUGAUCUUCACGAUAUUCUGGAUAUUAAUCAUUAUAUUGCUGCUGGUGGGCAUAUGGCGUCGCCGAUUGAUUUACGUCCGUUACUGGUUGUUCUUCACCUGCCUGGGUAUUCUACUGGACGCCAUUCUACUGCUUUAUGGCUUCACUUUGGCCAUGUCGGUGAAUUGGGAGGGUGUUAAGAUUACUGUGCUCCCAUUUGUGGGAUUGGCUGUUGAGAUGACAUUUGUCUACGUCAUAUAUCUGUUCUAUAUGGAGAUAAUGUGGCAUGAGCAGCAGUACCAUCAGCCACCACCCCCUAGAUCUAGAGGCGGUUGUGAUACAAGUAACAUGGAAGAAGCAAAUCCUUAUAAAUACAUGUCACGCAAUGAGAGAAGACUGCCCAAGGAGCAUAGAGAACGUGAGCGAAAGUAUAAGAAAUCAGGCAAGGAGCGGAGACGUCAGGAGAAGCUGGAAUUGCGUGAGCUGAGGCGCAGUUUGCGGCGCGAUAAUGAUUCAAAUUGAAAUAUUUCUUUCGAGAAAUGUUAUCCUAAGUAAAUACUAUAUAUUUCUAUGUAAUACAAGUUUGUGUUUGCAAAUAAAACAUCUCGGCCUUGACUGUGCUAUCAUU